UCUGACAUGCCCAGUCUGGUCACAAGUGGAGAAAAGACAUCAAGCUACACCCGAUCCAGUGCUGUGCUUAGAGUAGAAAGGAUAUAGCCUUCAGCUUGCUUCAUGUGCAUGUAGUACAGGUCCAGGACUGAUGUAAGAAUGCUGGGCAGUGAGACCAAGCAGUAGGAGCAUUUGGAGCUUGCCAAGUAUUGAUCAGUGAGGGGUGGGAAUGAGCAGAGAAGCAUUUCAAUUUGGCAUCCAUGCAUGAUUCUGAUGCUGUCAGAGUGAAUUAGCAACACUUUCUUUUCCCUGUAACCCAUCCCGGGCUUUUGUCAUUGAAGCCUCCCUUUUGUUCAUAUCUCUCUGUUGAAAGACAAAGUGGAAAAAGAAAAAAAAAAAAAAACAACAAAGAAAACCAAACAAAUCAACACACAGAUCUUAUGCCCCUAAAAAGUCUGGUUAUGUUAUGCUAGUAUCCUCUGAAUGGAGACUGAGUAAUACUGAGCCAUUGCUGCUAAAGACUGUUACAGCAUAAAUAUAGGGGAUUCAAGCUACAGUUAUCAUUUCGUACAGUCACUUAGUCCACUAAUGGGGAGAAACAGGGCAACAGUUUAAGAAGGCAAGAGGACUGUCAGAGAUUAUUAAAUCUACAGGGAUGAUUUGUUUUGGUAGCCUCUCCUGACCCAAGUACAUAACUUUGGCAGCAGACUUAAUGCCUCUGGUAAUUAGAGCAAGAAGUGAUGGGUCAUCAUUAGCAACUGUAAAUUAAGUGGUGUAUUUCAUCUGAAAGGCAGCAUCAUCUUCAAUGGGGCUUAUUUGUUACCACUGCAGAUCAUCUGUGAGUCACAAGCAGUACACUGGGCUAACUCAUUUGUGUGAUUUAGUAGAGGCUUUCUAAUGCGUGCCUACUGUUGCAUAUGAGUAGCUGUUCCAGAUAGCUUCAAAACAGAAAAUACCACAAUAUUGGACUUUCUUGUACAGCUAAUACUACUGUUCUUAUUUACACGAUGCUCGUGAUUUUUUUGUUGUUGUGCACUUCAUGGUUCAAAUGCUUUUUGACUGCAUGUUUGAAAUAUAUUUGUCAUCUUUAUAGAACUAAAGAGUGAAGGAAGGAAAGCCAGACAAGCAUAGAAAUCAUCCGUAAUUGUCAGCUUCAGAAGAUACAAGAAUCAAUCCAAUACAACUCAAGGUAUAUAUUCACCAAAUACUAUUGUGUGGGCUUCCCAGAACCACAAUCAUAUCCAGUUCUGAAUGUUGCCAAAGGCCCAAACAGUGAUGACCUAUCAUAGGAUCAAUAUAGUUGGAGAUCUUAGGAAAUCCUUGAAUACUCCUAGAAGCAUAUCAAUAAGCAACUGAGGGUACAGGUACAAAACAAAAGAGGUACGGAGGAAACUGGCCACAGUGAAUGCUGUUAGAAGGUGCUACGUGGGCACUGAAAUAAAACAAAGGGGGAGUGUGUAAUACAGCUGAAUAAAUUCAAAAUAAUUUACAUAGAUCAGCAGGGAACUACGACUGAAGAUAUUGAAGCCUGGAUCGGAAAUGCAUGUGAACAGCUGGAUAAACCAAUGGAUGCUCAUCAAGCAGAAACUGGGGGACUGUCAGUGGUCAGCUGGCUAUGUAUAAGUGAAGACCUCCUGAGGGACAUCCUCAUGCCAUAUUCUUCUCUAUAGCGAGAGGGAGCUGGGGAUGUCUAGAUCCUCUUGGAGAAGUGCUUACAAUGGAAAGUGAUGAUAAACUUGAAGUGUUUUAUUGUAUACAAGAAAAAUGACCAAACCCAUGCUUUUUGUGUAUCUGCCAGCACCUGUGACUCCAGACAGCUGUCACAAGGAGAGACCUAAUAUGUACAAGAGAGUGAGACUGGCUCCUUGCUUCCUAAUACAUACCUGAUGUUCUGGAUAUUGAAGUAAUGUAUGGUACUGAGGUUGCUAUGGAAGUUAUCUUUGUGCAUACAGCACCUGAGGGGGCACGAGGAAGUUAAGGUAUUAGAGACAUAUUUUUAGCCAAAUCUGACCAUUUGUAAAGCUCAUUUUCCUCCUUUGCACGCUGUUUGAACUAAUUCCGUCUAAUACAGCCCUACAAGCCCUUUGCAGCCUACUUGUUUUGGAUCCUGUCUUCCAUCUGAUCUUUCUAGCAGGGCUCUCACACCACUGGCUCCUCAGGUGGAAGACAUCCAGUAAGUCUUGAAGCUAGAAAUGAUGAGGUAGGAUUCCUGAAAAUAGAGGGCUCCAUCUCCCAAGGAGGCAGGUUUGGGAGCCCUGGGCGACCUGGCCUAGUACCAGAUCUGGAGGCUGGUGCUCUAGCCCUGUGACAAGAGGGUUGGAGCUUGUUAAUUGUGGGGGUCCUUUCCAACCCAAGCCAUCCUGUGAUUCUAUAUGUCUUUUUGAAUAUUCCCCAAGUCUCUUGGCAAAAAGAAAAAGGCAGCUUUGGUGCCAGGGAGGCACGGAGAGAAGUUUGAUUUGUAAAUUCUGGGAGAUUGGAUGUCCUCAGGUAUUGGUUCUCCAUUAACGUACUUAGCAUUCAGCUCUUAAUAAGAAAUGAUGAUCACAAAAGAUACACAGCAACGAAAGAGCCUGCUCUGGGAUUCUGAGAUAGCACCCAGUGCCUAUGGAUGUGCUGCUAUUUGCUAGGUGCUGUGAUGAUAAUGUCAGUCAAGGGAUGUCAAAGUUCAAUUUGCAGGGGAAAUAAAGUAGAGCGUGCCUUCCCUAGUAAGGAAGCAGCAUUGGAUCUCAUCCAUAUACUCUAUCAUUCCUUUCCAUGUGCUGAUGUAACCCUUUUUUUUUAAAGCCAGCAGCCCUCACUGGAUCAAUAAAUCCUGAUCAAUUGUUUUUCUCACUGAUUUAUCCAUGCAGGGUUGUUAGCUGAGCUGCUGUCAGAAAGUGGGAGAGUGUUCUGCCUGUUUACUGUAAAGAAAACAAAGCAAGCAACCAGGAGGGGACGGGCAGCAGGAUAUUUACUGUCAAUACAGCUGGAGAGAGGCAGGAGAUUUAAGGAGAGAGGAACCGAGACUGAAGCCUGCAACCCAAAUGAAUGAUCAGAGUGUAAAAAUACCCACACCGUUUCCGAUGGAAAAUGUGUGGAUUGAAGUCAACAAAGGAUAACUGGCAGUGUUUGACAAAUGGUUUAAUGAAGGGCUAGAGAGGCAGGGAAGUACUUGUGGUGCACAGAAUGAUAAUGCUGUGCAUGAACCUACUCGGUCUGCAGUGCAACCUGAAAGGAUCUGCCGAGACAAAGCAGUAACUGGGACAUUUGUGGGUGUGCCUGCAUGCAAGACGUACCGUUUAAGAGUAAUCAUAGCAAAAAUAAUAAUGGUCAAGUUUAGAAAAUAAUAAUUGGAGCUAAUUUUCCUAAGAAGUUGGGCUAUUCAGGCCAGAGGGGGGAAAAAAAAAAGGCAUAUUUUCUUGCUUCUCUCUCCAUUUCUUCAUGCACAGAGGAAUUAGGUGGCUCUGAGCAGCUCUCUCUGAGUGUCCCUCCUGUUUCCAGAUGCAGGCGAACAAGUGAAGAGUGAAUUCACACUUUAGAGAACAGUGACGACCAUCUUGCCAUGAAACCAUUCACAGAUGAAGAAGUAGAAAUCUACAUCCAGAGCAAGGUGGAGCCACGCCAUUAUCUGGUCUCCAAAACGGUGGAGGAGGUGCAGAAAAUCAUCCAGCAACUGACCGCAGAAAUCAGCUCUAAGGCCACACGAUUCCAGGCUAUCUCCAACUCUGGCAUUCACAAUGAGAAUAUUAAGGAUCAGCCGGGCUUACUGGCCAAGUGGUCAGCUCUGCUGCGGGGAAAGCGCCCGUUCCACCCAUCCAUCCAGGUCUUAGCACCGAGCCAAUUCCUCAUCACUGUCCCUCUACGUGGCCUGACUGGGUACAGGGAAAGCCAGGUCCGACACUGGCGUUAUUACACUGUGCACGGAGCCAAGCUACUCUCCUCUGUGCGGGAUCCUGAGGAGCUGCAUCAAUGGCUCGAGGUGGAACAGUUCUCAAAAAGCCUUCAGCAGUGGCACGAAACAGAUGUGAACAUUGAAGGUGACCUGGUUCCAGCCAAAGUCCUUAUCGUCUUCCGAGAGCUGGUGGAAAAGUCAAUUGUUUCCUGUAACCUCUCCAAUAAAGUGACAAUGUUGGAGAGCUUCAGCUCAGUGGUUCGAGUGGCUGUGGAAACAUCAGAAUUCCAGGUUGAGGUGGAGCUGGCUCCUACAGUGGAGAUUCCAACUUGCUGGCCUGAGAAAGCCCGGUGGCCUCGUUGCCUCAAGCGUUGGCCUUCUCAGGAAAAAGUGCAGUGCAUCAAGUCGCUUGGUUUUGACCUCUUGGCCCGCUCCAAUUAUCACUGGCAGCUGUGCUUCUCCCGUGCUGAACAUAUACUCAUGGAAGGCCUCGACGAAGAUGGUGGCUGUCGCAUGAAAUGCUUCAGAGUCAUGAGGCAGAUGAAGGAGGACGUCUGGUGUGCUGGAAAUAAGCCCGUCAUCACAGCUUAUCAUCUUCAGACAGUGCUAUUCUGGACGUGCGAAAAAUACCCACGCACCAAGGAUUGGCGCUGCUUUCAUGAAGCCUUCCUGAGGCUGGUGCAGAAACUGCACAAGUGUGUGAGCCAGCACUUCCUCAAGCAUUACUUUGUCAAGAACACCAAUCUGCUCAAAUAUGCCAACACCAGUGACCUGGAUGUGGUGGCCAGCAAGCUCGCUGUCUUCCUAGAGAACCCCGUCUUCUGCUUGGACUAAGGCUGAAGAAAGCUUCCUCACCUCAACUUUGAGCAGUUUCCCACUUGUUCUCCUCAUCGGUGGUGUUCUUGUCCUUCCAGUAGGUGUUGCAGCUGGCUUUCUGAAGCAGUUGGCACUGAUGGCAUGAACAAAAUGUCAAGAUUGUGGUGGUGGGUGGAGAAAACUGAUGGAAGGCAUUGCUUGAUGCCCAGCCGAUCUAAUUUGCUUUCAACAGCAACAGCUUGCCUAGAAGGUACAGCCCAUGAAACUCAACCCUGUGUCUGUCAGAGCAGCAACUGCCUUAUUCUCUGCCUCCAGUCUUGUGGUGCAUAAGCAGAAAAACGGUGCAAAGGAGUCUCACUCUGCUGCCUACCUGCUGUGCAACCUAGCACAUGGAUGGUGGCUGCCUCCUCCUUUCUCACAAAGACAGCAAGUUUAAUUUGUAGGAUCAUAGAACGGCUUGGAAGGGACCCUAAAGAUCAUUCCCUGCCAGCCUUGUAGGCCAACUCUGCAGAAGAGCAGAGGAACAUUAUUUUGGAGGUAUGACAGACGUGGAAGUCUUCUCUGAGACAGUUUGUGAUGCUUCCUCCUACAAUCAAAUGGGGUCCUGCUCCUGUACAAAGAUAACCCUGCCAGUAGUAUUGAAUAGCUCAAGGGAAGCAGGAGGAAGAAUGUUUUUUUUCUUGACUCCUCAGUUUUUUUUCCUCCUCCACCUUCAUUUUUCUUCCUGUUACUUCAAAUAUAUUUUUCUUCAUGUUUGCCAGUUCUGUUAGUGCCAAACUAACAGGGGGGCUUGGCCAGAAGAGAUUUUGUUUGCACUCCUGGCUCCAACCAGCAGGCUGGAGGAGGAGUGGGUCUUUCCCUAGUUUUAAGCAUCCAUGUCUUUUGGGGUGUUGCAUAGGAGGAGAAUAUUUUUUCAAGGGCUUGUAGCUUCAACAUUCCCAGCACUUUUAAUAUUAAGAAAAGAAAAGAAGUUUUAGGGUUUCAAAAGAAACAAGUCCAUCAGAAGAGAGGUGGCCAGCAGGGGCAGGGAUGUGAUUGUCCCCAUCUACUCUGCUCUUGGGAGGCCCCAUCUGCAUCCAGAUCUGGAGCCCCUAGUACAAGAAAGACAGAGAGCUGUUGGAGAGGGUCCAGAGGAGAGCCACAAAGAUGAUCAGGGGGCUGGAGCACCUCCCCUACGAAGACAGGCUGAGGGAGCUGGGCUUGUUCAGCCUGGAGAAAAGAAGGCUGCGGGGUGACCUCAUUGCAGCCUAUCAAUACCUAAAGGGAGCCUACAAACAGGAGGGGAAUCAACUCUUUGAAAGGGUAGAUAACAGCAGGAUAAGGGGAAAUGGUUUUAAGUUGAGGGAAGGAAGAUUUAGGUUGGAUGUCAGGGGGAAGUUCUUUACAGAGAGAGUGGUGAGGUGCUGGAACAGGCUGCCCAGAGAGGCUGUGGAUGCCCCAUCCCUGGAGGUGUUCAAGGCCAGGUUGGAUGGGGCCCUGGGCAGCCUGGUCUGGUAUUAAACGUGGAGGUUGGUGGCCCUGCCUGUGGCAGGGCAAUUGGAGAUUCAUGAUCCUUGAGGUCCCUUCCAACCCUGGCCAUUCUGUGAUGUGCUACAAUGAGCAUAAAGAAUGUUGGUUUUAAUGUUAUUAAAUCACUGAAACUACACC